UUAAAUUAGGGUUUCUUCUUCUGCUGCAGAUCUCAUACGAUCGAGAGAGAAAAAAAAAUGUCGCUUAUGCCGAAAAGCGAAUCGGUUCAAAUCCGCGAAGUGUGGGCCCACAACCUCGACGAAGAAUUCGACCUGAUCCGAGAAAUCGUCGACGAGUACCCCUACAUCGCCAUGGACACCGAGUUUCCCGGCAUCGUUCUCCGGCCGGUCGGAACUUUCCGGAGCGCGAACGACUACCACUACCAAACCCUAAAGGACAACGUCAAUCUACUCAAGCUAAUCCAGCUCGGCCUCACUUUCUCCGACGAGAACGGCAAUCUCCCCGAGUGUUCCGGCGCCGGCAAAAACCGGCACUGCAUCUGGCAGUUCAACUUCCGCGAGUUCGAUCCGAACGAGGACGUGUUCGCGAACGACUCGAUCGAGCUGCUGAGCCGGAGCGGAAUCGAUCUGGCGAGGAACACGGAGAACGGGAUCGAAUCGCGGCGGUUCGCGGAGUUGCUGAUGUCGUCGGGGAUCGUGCUGAACGAGAGCGUGUACUGGGUGACGUUCCACAGCGGGUACGAUUUCGGGUAUUUGAUAAAGCUGGUGACGGGGCAGAAGCUGCCGGAGGAGCAGGAGGGGUUUUUCGGGCUGAUCGACGUUUAUUUUCCGGUGGUUUACGAUAUAAAGCACCUGAUGAAGUUUGUGAACAGCUUGCACGGCGGAUUGAACAAGCUGGCGGAGCUGCUGGAGGUGGAGCGGGUCGGGGUUUGCCACCAGGCCGGGUCGGAUAGUUUGCUGACGUGUUGCACGUUUUUCAAACUCAAGGACAAUUUCUUCAGUGGUACUUUGCACAAGUAUUCUGGUGUUUUGUAUGGUUUGGGUAUUGAGAGUUGAUAAUUCUUUUUUUUUUUUUU